AUGUCAUCAUCAAUCUACUACCGAAUGCUGGGGCAUGCAGUGAUCCUAUCACUGCACACUGGCAACUCCUUGGUGAUGUUCCUCUCCAUGAAGGAUGAGAGCAUCAUGAGAGACCUGGAUGUCAGAAAGAUGACGUCAUUGCAGAGUAUGUACCUGACUGUGUGGAAUAUUGCCUUCCAAAUGUCAUAUUUCUCGCUGGCAUUGACCUGUGACCUCCUCACCGUCACAGGACGAGAGCAUUUGGUCUCCAAGAACAUCAGACGGUUCCGACAGACUUAUUUCAGCUCAAUAAUAUUCCCUGUUGCCGCGGUUAUCUUCGUGGUAUUUUGGCCAGUUUUUAUAAUAAAUAGAGAACUGCUAUUCCCGGAGUUCAUAGACAAGAUAUUUUCGUUUAAAUCUAACUUUAUAAUGCAUUUUUGUAUAUUACCCGCUGCAUUGUGGGAGCUGGCUUUCUUACCCCGUCCCGUGCCAAAGACACAUCGGUACAAUCUAGCUAUUAUAAUCACCUUGUUCGUCGUUUAUAUGGCUGUAGUACUUCACACAUACAACCAGCGUGGACUUUUUCCGUACCCAAUUUUCACAAUGACCUAUGGAACAAUAUAUUUCCCAAUAUUCUUAGGUUUAAUAUUUCUGAUAGGCCUAGCCUUAUACUUUGCCCAAUGGAAACUACAUUCAUUCAUUUGGGGCCAAGAGAAACUAAAACAAAACAAAGUAAAAUUUUCGUAA